GGACUAGUCCGCGCUCGGAGCUCACAGGCCUUUCAGUUUGACAGCUCGAGCUCAGGCGUCAGUUCGCUCGGUUCGUCUCGCUCGCGGCUCGGCAUAAGGCAGGCGGUCGCGCUCGCAAAUCGACGUGGUCACUCGUUAACGCGUGCUCUGUUCCUAUUGUAAACAAAAAGGAAGACAGAAAACUCUGUUCAUUAAUGAAAACAACCGCACAUUUGCUCUAUAACCUAACCGAUGAGACGCAGUGAAAAUUUUCCGACAACCACUUGAAGAAUCUAGACGACCGGGCGCAGUGAAUUUAGUGAGUUGCAAUAAUCAUGCCAGGUUAGAAGGUGUAUUUUGGUGCGGCGUUUUAAGUGAAAGUAGCUCAGAUAUUGCUGUUUUUGUGUGUGAUUUCGUAUAACUGUUACUGUGGUCGUACAUCAAGUUGUAGUUUGUGUGACACGUUUUUGAGUGACUUGAGAAAGGACACGCAGGAGAGCCAGUUGGUCCUUUGAGAACGAGGACAUGGUUGUGUCGCCGUAGCUGAUACCCUCGUGGCAGUUUCUCUCGGCGGUACAUGAUCAUCUAAUAUAGAAUGCCGGCGCUCCGGCUCCUGGGGCGCAAAUGGCUGGCCGCCUCGGACGAUCUCGUAUUUCCGAGUAUAUUCGAACUUCUUUUCCGAUUCGUCUGGCUAGUCCUUAUCGCCCUGGUAGUGGAAGUCCUGUACCCCAUAACAUGGCAAUGUCAGACGGAGGGCUGGCACGGCGGCUCGUUCGUGCGGCUGUAUCUAUGCGGCACGCUGACGCUGCAGGCGUGCCUCAUGCUGCUGCUGGCAGCCCUGGCGCAGCAGUCGGCGAGGGGAACCAUCACAGAGACGGAUGUUCGGAGGCUCGUCUCGCCUUUAUUGUUACUUAAAGUAUUUUUAGUUCUGCCCGAGAUUGGGUUGAAUGUAAUGGGGACCAUGUGGAUGUUCUGUGAAGUCAUACAGUGUACUGUAAAGGAUAAGUUUUCUAGUAUUGUUAUACAAAGUAUAGUCCUAUUUAAUUGGGUCCAACUAGGUCUGACCGUGUUCGGUCUGUUCAUGGUGUUUGACCCCCUGGGGUCGGUGAACUAUGGCGACAUGCAAGACACGCCGACCCAGGUCCGACACCAUAGGAAAGUGACUGGAUUAUGGUCGCGAAGGUUCAGGUGGGCCUUUUGUUGGUUGAAGAGAGACGAACAUGGAAAGGAGGCCUUUCAGCAAGUUGCUGCAUUGCUCAGCGCUUUAUUCAGAUCAACGGACUUGGUUCCAUCAGACGUAGUGGCUGGAUGCGUGCUCCUCAGAGUACGUCAAAAGCGGGAAACACGAGAGAUGCGUCGAAUACAAAUGCUCAAUGACGAGGAGCCGAUUUAUACAACUGACGUCAACAAAGUAUUCUCAGAGACGCCGCCUUGGAUGAAUCUUGACGACGCACUGCACUAUCUCAGGCUGUCCAUAGCUGCUUACGGAUGGCCAUAUGUAUUAUACCGACAUUGCUUCACUGGCUUCUGCAAGCUGGCGCGACAGUUGACCUGUUGUUGUUGUAGGCCAAAGAACUCAAUAGUGACAGACGACAAUUGCUGCCUGUGCCACUUCGCUGGAGUCAAAUACAUGUCGAAGCUUUCUGCCGAUGACAUCAUAUUUGCAUCAUUCAACAAUCGCGUCUUUGAAUUACCGUUUUGCGUGAUAGUUGACCACGAUCGGGAGAGCAUUGUGGUGGCCGUCAGAGGUUCCAUAUCAUUGAGUGAUAUAUUCACAGAUUUAACAGCCGGUUCCGAAAAAUUUGAAGCAGAUGGAUUACCAGAAGACACGGCAGCUCACAAAGGCAUGUCAAUGGGCGCCGCCAAGAUGUUGAGGCGGCUCAUGCCGGUACUAGACAGAACUUUCCAGCAGUUCCCACAUUACGAUCUUAUAUUAACAGGUCACAGUCUCGGUGCAGGAGUAGCAGUAUUAGUAGCGCUAAAAUUAAGACCAAAAUAUCCUCAUCUAAAAGUGUUUGCGUUUUCAACGCCAGCGGGCCUCAUAAGCCGCGAAGCAGCGCGCAUUACGGAGAGUUUCGUCCUGUCAAUCGGCGUGGGCGACGACCUGGUCAUGCGACUCAGCGUGCACAGUAUAGAGAACCUGCGCACUAAGGUCAUUCAGACCAUACACGCCACCAAACUGCCAAAGUAUCGGAUAAUGCUGAACGGCUUCGGCUACGCGCUGUUCGGAGUGCCAGCACGCGACUUGGAGUCAACAUGGCGGCGGCCCGAGGACUUGGAGGCGAACAACUCUGACGACUCGGACGCGCUGCUCGUGCAGAGCGUCUCCACCGUGAGUGCUGAGGCGGCGCUAGUAUCGCGGAAUGUGUUCGCGCGGCGGUUCUCCUCAGCGCGACUCUUCACAGCCGGCAGAAUCUUACACAUCGUACGACGCAAGCGCAUGGGAAUCGAAAAGAAAGUGCGCACGCAGGAACCAACGUACGAGAUGCGGUGGGCUUGUCCCGAGGACUUCAUGGAACUGCAAGUGAUGCCUAGAAUGCUUCUCGACCACUUACCGGAGAAUGUGCACCGCACAAUACAAACGGUGAUCGAGGAGAAACACUCUUACCGUGUUACUCAUGUAGUUUAAGGUUUAAAUGAUACUUAGUAUGAGUUGUAAUUAUAAGCUACUACCACACCUCACCAACUCCUGAAACCGACUAAAUGAUAAACGUGAUAUCGUCUAAUAUUAAGUAGAGUAAUGAAAUAAAAUCUUAUUUCCCUUACCUACUUAGUUUACGCCAAGGUAGAAGUUAUAAAAACCGAACAUAGCUUAAUUUCUAAAUACUCGCACAUGAAACAAAUGAUGUAUUUGCGUCAUCAAUGCUCGUGUAUUUUAAUUGAAACAAAAGUACAAACAUUCCUGUAUGACGUUUUUAGCGUACAAAAGAUUUCUAGGGUUGAAUGUCAUCAUCUAUGCGUCUGGAAUAUGCCGUGUGCGUAGAAUUUAUCAAGUCGUCAGUCAGUCGGGAGAUUGGACAGUGUGGGUGUGAUUUUAUGAAAAACAAGAGUCUCAGAUAAAAAUAAAAACAGUAAUAUUAAUGGUCGGAGGAGGCAAUCUCACAAAGUUAAUAUGUAAGUAUUAAAAUAUAAUUGUAUCAUGCCUAACGAUUGAUGGAGUUACAUAGGUAUUUUGUUUAUUUCUUGAUUGCGUAUAGCGCUCCUCUAUUUUUUUUUAAAUACUUACCUACUUAAGUACAUUACCUAACUUUGACGAACUCUGGAGUCAUUAUUGUGAAUAGACUAUUUUACCCAUUGCAAGGCUUGUAGGCUUGUAUAGGUAUAACAUGUAUUUCUUUUAAAACAGUUAUGUAAUGUGCUCAAAAAAGUAAAAGAAUGAAAAAACACAUUUCAUUUAAGAGCAAAAAAGAUAGAUUUUUGAACUUAAAAAAAAUCAAGGAUUCUACAACUUAGGUGUCAUUAUAAAAAAAAAUGUUUAAACGCCUACUAACAUAAUAUAGCACUUUUUUUUGGCCAGCACUUUCAUAUUUUGACUAAAAAUGUAUGAAAGGUAGAUUAGAUAUCUGUUAGUUUUUGAAUUAGCUAAAUAACUUAAAGCGAUCAAACGAUUUCGAUCAAUACAUAUUUUUAUUGUUGGCAUUAGCAACUAAGAAGGUACGCAUUUGAUAGAUGAACAUAGGGCAGGACUUAAAAAAUAGUUCCUUGCAUAUCCUGCAAAGUGUUGGGACUAGUAGAACUGAAGCAAGCAUUAUUUGUAUAGUUCCCAGUCCCGUGGGAAUACAGAGAUAAAAAUAUAUUACUCACUGACAGCUUUCCAUUGAUGAAAGAAUUUUUAAAAUCGCUCCAUCCAAAAAUCAAAUGUUACCUCUGUAUAGUUAAGAUUAAAUGGUUGCUUAAAGUUUACUUGUUAACGCUGAGAAUUAAAAAAUCUACAGUAAAAAUGCACUCCGCAAGAGUCCUUGCAAUUAUUACUGUAAAUACUGUAGUACUGUAGAAUAAGAUGUAAUCAAACAAGCGUCUAUUAGUUAUAUUUAUAUUGAUGACGUCAUAGAAAAAUAUAUUUUAUACUCGUAUCGUCAACACCUAUGAAAUUCCUUCAUAUAUAGUUUUUAAAAAACUCGUAACUCAGCUCUGUUUAUUUUAUUGGGUAGGACAAUAAGAUUUUUUUCUUAUAAAUCUAUUAUUUUCAAUUGUAAAAAGUAUUAAAAUGUAUUUUUUUCAUAUCAGUGUUAAGUAAAAGGCAAAAACUCACUGUAGUUAAUAUUUUACCCGCGACUAUGUCCCCGUCACAGGUCACUGGACCGUGAGAUUUUAAAUUGAAUUGAAAUCAUCUUAAAUAAAAAAAAUAUUUUGUAUGAUUCUGUAACAAACAUACAAAUCAACUAAAAAAGAGCGGAAAUGAAAUAUUGCUCUGAUCAGUUACUCAGAUCAAUAUAUGUUACAUAAUAGUAGGUAUAAUUGUACAAACACGGUCCAGUUUAGUUAUGUAGUAAAAUUAUAUAGAUCGAUUAAUAAGAGAAGUAAUUUCUCACGUAUCCUAUAGGUAAUACAUGUAUUUUUUAGUUUUAAUUUUUGUGUAAAUAUUUUUAUUAAUCAAUAUGUAAAUAGUUUUUGUUUUGGAACGGCAUUAGUAGGUUAACUGUGAAAGACUGUGAUGAUGUUAUUUGAAAAUGAAUGAAAUGUGUGUUUUGGUAUGAUAUUAGGUAAUAGUGUGCUUUGUGAAGCAGAUGCAAUUAAAACAAAUCAAAUUCAUUUAGGUAAGUGGGCUCAGUUUUGAAGCGUCAGUUCUACAUACCAAUGAGAUUAUUAUAGGUGUGGUUGAAUUAUCAAUUUAUUUGUUAAUAAUAAUCUGAUUGGUUUAAGCAACAAAUCCGUUAUGCAAUCGCAUCCUUAAGGCACAGAGAGGAUAAAGUGAGAGUAUGGUUGUAGAACAAUUCAAACUGCACGAGGCGAGGCGGAGUUAGUUUCGAGUGCUUGUAAUAAGUCAUGACCUUUAUAGGCCCUUUGAACUACCGCAUCUCAAGCGUAAGUUUCAAUUAAUUCGCAACGUGGAAGUCUUAAUAAAUCUUUGUCUUUACAUGCCUCCUUGUUGAACUGUUAUCGUAACAAGUUGGUUAGAAGAAAAUUAUUAUUUAUUUUUAAAAGGCAUGGUUAAUUUUUUCAAUUAAUCGUUAUUCAAAUAUUGAGUAUUGUGUGCAUCUAAUUAUUACCACAGAAUAUAACACAAGGUAUUACGAAUUAGUUACAUCGAUGCAAUGAAUAUGGAGAAAGGGAGAAUUCUAGUGGUAUUUUGCGGAAACAUUCACUAAUGUGAAGAUUGUCUGCAUCGCAUCAAGUCUUGAACUAUUUGCUAUUUCCGGAUUAUCCAUGCCUCUUUUUUUCAUUUUUUGUGCCUUUUUUGAGACAUGAGGCCCGUAAGGUGACAAUGCCCAAAUCAUCCACUCCUUGCCACGCCUCUGCAAGGGCCCAAAAGUGUAAAAAUUUACUAAAGUCAAUAAAUCUACCCUAUUGAUAGAUGUAGCCUAUUUGCGAUUUUUCCUAACGUCCACUCGCAAACGACUAGACUUACGAGAAAAUAGGCACAAUUUAAAUGAAAUUUCUAAUCUACUAUUUGCGGUUACUUAUUUACACUUAUUAGCUCCGCGAAACUGAAUCGAAAUUGGUGUAUGUAUAAUCUCUUGCAAUUUGUAAAUAGUUAAGUAUUAAAAAAUUAAGGCUAUGUUUCAGAAACGUUUAGAACGUUCUGAUCUCUGUUAGAUGAUCGGUGUUAUAUUCCUUUUUAUAUGAAACUCAAUUCUCUUGCUUUAGGUGGAGUUGUAAACUCGAUAUUUUAUUUGCUCAAAUGAAAAGCAAUUUAUUUUUAGAGCGUGUCAGGACCGUCUUUACCCAUUCGGGGAUCCUCGGACACAACGAAUUGGGGCCCUUGAAACUUAACAAUAACUUAAUGAAUAUUUUUUUUUAUUCAAAUGAAAUUAAUGUAAAUAUAACUUUUGUAGCUUCUCUUUAUUUUUUUAAAUGAACAUGCAUUCAUUACGGAGCCCCGAGAGUCCGUAGGCCUUGUUGGGGCUUUACUGUAUAGACGGCUAAACGGAAAGAACGCAGCGCACGUUAUGUUAAGUAUUGCGAGGCCACCACGAAGUACAAUAACUAGAUGUUAGAGUGAGAUACUGCGUUACCGGUGUCAAUUAUGUAGGAAGAAAACAACGUUUAUUUUAUUAAUGUCUGUAAAUAAUAAUUUAUUGCAGGAUUUCUAUUAAGCGUCAUAUUUUAGCUCUGUUUAUGUAGACGCAAUUAGCAUUACUACCAUGUAUUUAAAGUCUUUAAAAUGAUAUUAUAAAUAGAAAGAGGCAGAUAUACCGGCUCCAGAAGGUGAAAAUAUUAUAAGCUGUCUAAUUAGCUAAUACACCUAAACUCAAUUAGUUGUAGAGCGUAAAGCUUAUUUCUUUGAAAUACGCCCAAAUUAUGGAAAAUAUCACCUCUAUUUACUUAUAAUAUUGUUGAAAUAACGGUACAAGUUUAAUUACUACUCAAUGCAACAAUACGCAACCUUUACUUAUGAUAUUUCCUUGGGGAUCAAAUUAAGCGAACUUCAUAAAAAUAUAUAAUAAAAAUAAAAUAUUUUCUCUGUAGCAGUAAUGUUUAUACGUUAAAGCAUUUACCUCUUAUACAUAGAAUAGGUAAUACAUAUAAACAUUCCAAUCUUUAUACUCUCAGUCCGAUUUUUUUUAUUGAAACAUCCUGUCUCAUAAUAAUUUAUGAAGUGUCACUGUGGAGUUCGUAGUGUAUUGUGAACAUUUUGACUAACAAUUUAUCUUUUAACUAACUAUUACCUUAUUAAGAUGGCUUUCAAAACAUUAAAACUGUUUGACAUGAUUUACUUUUCUACUAUAUUUUUGCCACCAUCGAUGCCAGAAAAGAAAGAAAAAAAAUGCCUUUAUUUUAAUAAUAUUCCACACACCAUAAAAUCUCCCUUAUGCUCUCCCAGGACAAUACCUAUAGUGCAAGGCUGUGGACGGGGGGCCCCACUUCGCCCACGCCUAGCUACGCUACUGUACAAGCAUAGCCGUAUAGGGAGGAAGGGGGGGGGGGUUCCUCCUUGGAAUGGACCUGUGUCCACCCUAGUAUUCUGGGCUACCAAUAUAAAAAUAUAUUAUGAUACUAAUCGGCCCACCCUAGAUACGUAACUGUGUACAAGUCAAUACAAUACAUACGAAACCUAUGAGGCUUUAUAAAUUUUAUAUGGGACAGGUGUAAACCUUUUUUAUGAUUUUUAACUUUGUUUUUUUUUUAAAUAUGAUGGAACAGUUUGUUCACUAUUUAUAAAUGUUUUACUUUUAAGUAGGUACUAACACCUAUAGGUGCAACAAUUUUGUUUUACAUCUUGCCUUGAUUACCUAUUUGUGAUUUAUUUUUGUAAAUAAAAAUAUUAAAAGAUUUUCUUGCCUUUCAUAACAGUAACUUUUGUAUUUUUAUUUUCUUAACAAUUAGGUAAAAAUAAUCAUUUCUAUAGUGUUAUAAAUGACAUUUUUUGAUCAAUUAUAUUGUACCUACAAUCUACAUUGAUGUAAAUCUGCAGUAAGACGAAGAUUUAAAUUAUAGGUAUCUAUGAUUUAGAUAUACCUACCUAGAUGCGGUUUUAUUAUUCGCUUUAAUGAAUCUCUUUAUGAAUUAAUUUUUGUUAUUUUUAUGAAGUAUAUAAUUCUAUUUUUUUUACUCGAUAUUCCAGUAUUUUUAUAUUAACUAUAAAUCAGUCUCUCUGUAUGAAAAGAUUUUGUAUGUUCCCGUUAAUAUAUGUGCACAAUUUACUUGGAAAAUAUUUAAAAUAUACUUGGAGGUACGUAUAGUAUGCGUCAAAUUUCUAGUCCAUUCUAACGUUGAAUUCUAUAUGCCGGACUGAGAUGUUUCCUUAAACUGCGCGACUAGACGUCUGGUGUUCCGAGCAGACUAGAAGUUUGGUGCAUAUUAUACAGGGUGUCCCGUAAUUAAUGGAUAAAACGCAAAUGGUAGAUACACCACCUAAUUAUCUAAACUAAUUUAAACAGUUUCAAAAAAUCCUUAGUUACAGCAGCUAUAGCAUUGAAAAAACUGAUUCAAGAUAGAAAAAUUUGAAUAAUCCUAAAAAAAAUAUAACAUGGUCACCCUAAGGAUUUUUUGUAAACAAUUCAAAUUAGUUUUACAUAAUUAGGUAGUGUAUCUUCUAUUUGCGUUUUAUCCAUUAAUUACGGGACACCCUGUAUAUUCCUGUGGAUAGGACAUUGUUUAAAUCUGUUGUGACCUUAACUAUCAAAUUUUGAGAAUUACGGUUUUUUAACCGUCUAAAAUUGUACCUAUAGUAUGCGCGUUAUCAUCUGAGUCGUCCGGUCAUAAAAGUCAAAAAAGAUAGGAAUGUGCAGCGCGCCUACCUGCGCACCCUAAUUAUCGAUAAACGGCUACCUGCGCACGUGCUAAUGAUGAGUCAAUAAUGAUUUGGACGAUUCUGAUUGGUCGGUUUCUAAUGUAAUUGCAUUGCGUAUUUUUUUUGCUAUAAAUGUGUUUACUGCAAUUAAAUAAAUACAUUCAUGUGUUACUCGUUGCGCACUAUGGAUACUUUAUUUUCUAACGUUGAUCUGAAGAAAUUACAUGGCGAUUCCUGAAUCUACUUGAAGAGCCCUCAGUUAUAAUUGUCGAUAACGCAAGCUAUCAUUCGAUACAGUUGGAAAAGAUACCCACAAGAAACACGAGGAAAGCUGAAAUUCAAGAAUGGUUGACAAAGAAAAAGAUUCCAUAUUCCAGCAACGAAAUUAUUGAAGAAUUAAUAAGAAAAGUAAAAGCCAGUAACCCGCAGAAGGUCUACGCUUUAGACCAUCUGGCAAAUGAACGAGGUCAUGAAGUAAUAAGGCUCCCUCCAUAUCACUGUCAAUAUAACCCAAUAGAAUUAAUUUGGGCACAAGUAAAGGGAGAAGUUGCGAAGAAUAAUAAUACCUUCAAGAUAGCAGAUGUCGAAAAUCACCUCCACCGAGCCAUAGAAAAUGUCACACGAGAAGACUGGGCCAAAUGUGUUAGGCAUGCCGAAGAACUUCAAAACAAAGAUUUACAAAAAGCUCUAAUUAGAGAUCACGCGCCGCUUAUAAUAAAUUUGGCAGAAGACGAAGAUUCUGAUGAUGAAGACUCAGAUGAAGAUUAAUUUUAUUUAGUUAAUAAUUAUAUAAUAUGAAAUAUGUAUUAUAUUAAAUCAAAUAUUGUUAAUUUUUUUAAUUUUGUGAACAAGAUACGAUAAUAAACUUUACUUAUCGAUAAUAUGUCUUUCAUUGUUACACCCUUCACUAGACGGCUCCAUAAGACCCAUAAGUGCAAGCGAGAUAGAUAUAGAGAAAUGAUUUAUGGCCCUAAGACUCAGUUGUUAACGCGCGUACUAUAGUGUUGUUCAAGCAACUAAUCGUCUCAAUAACUUUUUUUUAAAUUGUGCACGCAUUUUGACAGGCCAAGUUAUUUUUUACGUAAUUAUGUUACUUAAAUGAACUGUGUAAGUCGAGUAUUAGAAGGACUGAGGUUCUUUUCACUUGUACCCUAAAUUAGGGCUUUAUAUUCUGUCACUUUGUGUACUAGAUAUAGCCAAUAUCUUGUGUUGGGUUUAUGUUAAUUUAUAAUAAAAUAUAUUUUAAACAA